UUGCUUAACGCUAAUAGCGGAACACAAAAUAAACUACUAAAACUAUUUUGACAUUUUAACAAUCCACAGCAGGAGAUGCGCACCGACAUCUAAUUCACAUCAACAACUCAGGUACGAUCCAAAGAUCCAUCUUCACAAUCCCACUUGAUCUUCAUUCUAUUUGCAUAUACUUGCGUUAUUAAAUUCUUGAAUCUUUGAAAAUGAAUUCGAAUUACGGGAGAUCUAACAAGACUUCUAGCUUUGAUUUCGAUCUGGGUCUUAGCUCAAACAAUUCCAGAUCAUUGAAUGAUCAAAAGAACAAAACUUCAACAACCCCUUCUUAUGCGACCCCUAAUUUAGCUCCUUCUUGGCAACCCAAUAAGCCUUCUUGGACCCAUCAGCCGGCCCCACCUAGUCAGUCUGUUCUUCCGGGAUCUUUAGGGGGGCCCACGUCGAUGGUUGGGGAUAUUACUGGCCGGAGCUGGGCUAGCGCAGCUCCGGCGAAGACGGGGAGUAAUAAUAUUGGGGUGGUUGUUAAGAAUCCUAAUUUGUUUGGUGAUCUUGUGGGUCCUGCGUUGGGGGGGAAUAAGGGGAGUAGUAAUGUGCCUUUGAAGAAUUUGGCACCUGUUUCGGGUAGUGGGAAUAAGAGUGGGGGGUUUUCGAUGGGGGGUAUGAAGGAUUCGUUACCGAAGAAUGUGGCUAGUAGUGGGGGUGGAGGUGGGGGUUGGGGUGGUUCUGGCGGGUAUAAUGCUAGUGGGAAUGUUGGAUUGAGUGGUGGUAAGAGCACGAAUCUUGGUGGUCCGGCGAUGAAAAGUGUUGGUGGAAGUGGUUUUGGUGGUGGGAUGAGUAGUAAUAAGGACCCGUUUGGUUCUUUGCUUAAUUUUGGCCCGAAGAAGGCUGCUGGCAUGAAGUCGGAAAGUAAGGAGACCAGUAAUAAGACUAGUUUGGUUGGUGAUGGGUUUGGUGAUUUUCAGAACGCUCCGAAGCCAAAUGUAAGUGUGUCGAAUAAUAGCGUUCCUGUGAAUCUGAGUGAAGGUUCUCAUUCAAAUAUGAAUGAUUUUGGUUUUUUCCCUACUCAAGUUCAACCACCUGUUCAGUCAUCUACUGUUGAUGAUUUUGAUGUGUUGUUUCCAACAUCGUCAACUGAUGGUGGUGCAAAGGGUUUGGAAGACCUUGGCGGCCAGCAGUCUUCUGGAAUUGGUGGUUGGGAUACAGAGUUCGGAGGAGGGGAUGACAAAGGUGGAACAACUGAGCUUGAAGGGCUUCCUCCACCACCUUCUGGAGUUACGGCUGCAGCAGCAAAGAAUAAGGGAAUGGAAAAUUACAAGCAGGGGCAAUUUCCCGAUGCUAUAAAGUGGUUGUCUUGGGCUGUGGUUCUCUUUGGGAAAGCUUCUGACAAUAAUGGGACUAAUGAAGUUUUGUCUAGCAGGGCAUCAUGUUACAAAGAAGUUGGUGAGUAUAAGAAGGCUGUUGCCGACUGUACAAAGGUGCUAGAACACGAUGAAAAAAACGUAUCUGUUCUCGUACAGCGUGCCCUCUUGUAUGAGAGCAUGGAAAAGUACAAACUUGGGGCAGAAGACCUCAGGACUGUAAUGAAACUUGAUCCUGGUAAUAGGGUUGCACGGAGCACCAUCCACCGGUUGACUAAAAUGGCUGAAGGGUGAAGUUUAAUGGAACUAUAAAUCUGAUAACUCUUUCGUCUGUUUGUUCAUGACAGCACCAUGUCCCCUUUACUAAAUCUGUGACUUGAGGGGGAAUGCUUGGUACACGUUUUGCACUUGUGCUUAUACUUUUUCAUUGUUUGCAUGAUUUUUUUUUUUUUUGGCAAAGGCAUGUCAUACGUAUGUAUUCUAUUGAUAGAGAUGAGAGUUGUCUUUUUCUUGCAUCGUGACCUUGAAACCUGAAAUUAUGAAAAUACUUUAUAUGAAUAUUUCUUGGUCUUGAAAGAUGAA